AUGCCCAGGCGCUACCUUUUCGAUUGCAUUCCGCUUGAUGGUGCCAUCCUGCUCGCAAUCGAGCUGCUGCUUCUGCUGCGGCUCACGGUCAUUUAUGUGGAUCAUGUCAAAUCACAUCCAGUCCUCACGACGGUCGUGUGUAAUAGUCUGGUAAGUGAAACCUCAAGAGGGAGAAGGCUAACGAACAAGCUUGGCAGCAUUUCAGAUACAGUCGCGCAGCUCCUGACGCUGAGUCAAGCACGGCUGAACAAUAAACGCCUUGGCAAGGAUAUCAGUCUCGAUGCAGUCAAAAGAGUGUUCGAUUUGGAUCGCCUGGCGCGCUUCGUGUCAUAUAGUUUUGCAACGGCUCCAUUGCAGUACACUUGGUAUUCGAGCCUCGACCAGUGGUUCUCUAUAUCACUCUCUGGUCUUCCAGGCGAGUCAAGCAGCAUGUCAGUGUUGAAGCGACUCCUUGCAGACCAAUUUAUUUGGGCUCCAGUGUCGCUGCUUCUCUUCUUUGCAUUCAUGGAGUCGAUACAAGCGCAUGGGCUCAAAAUUCUGAUGUCAAGACUCAGGAAGAACUACUGGCCAGCACUCAAAGCACAAUAUGUCAUUUGGCCACUCGUCCAACUGCUCAACUUCAAGUUUGUGCCAUUGCAAUUUCAGGUACCACUGGUCAGCAGUGUGUCGGUGGGCUGGAACAUUUACUUGUCCAUUAUGCUGGGGUCUCGACGUUAG